ACUUGAAGGUGCUGGAUCUGAGUCGAAGUUAUUUUAACGAUUCCAUUCCAGAUCUAAGGAAUUUUACUAACUUGGAAGUCUUGGGUCUUGCUAAUAGCUUUGUUGAUGUACCUAGACAAAUAGAAGUAGUUUGUGGAAUGAAAAAUCUACGGGUGCUUGAUCUCAGAAGAAAUAAUGUUGUAGGCAAGCUUCCUCUUUGUUUGGGAAGCUUGAACAAGCUAAGGGUUCUUGACCUCUCAUCCAAUCAAUUAAUUGGAAGUCUACCAUCUACUUUCAGUAGCCUGGAGUCCCUACAGUAUCUAUCAUUGUUAGAUAACAACUUCACAGGGUUAUUCUCACUCAAACCACUCACCAACCUCACAAAGCUCAAGGUCCUCAAACUUUCAUCAAGAUCUGAUAUGGUACAAGUAGAUACAAAGAGAAAAUGGCAGCCAAAAUUUCAAUUGAGUGUUGCCGUACUACGAUCUUGUAGCUUGGAGAAAAUUCCUUCAUUCCUUAUAUUCCAGAAGAACUUGCGUCUAGUUGAUCUCUCCAGCAACAAAUUAUCUGGCCACAUUCCUACCUGGCUACUGGCGAAUAAUUCAGAACUUAAAGUCUUACAGCUGCAGAAUAAUUUUUUCACAACCUUUCAAAUGCCCUCAAUAGUGCAUACUUUGCAGGUUUUGGAUUUUUCAGCAAAUGAAAUUGGCGGGAUGUUCCCUAAUAAUAUUGGCCAUGCGCUUCCGGAGAUGGUGGAGAUGAAUGGCUCUUUUAAUGGGUUCCAAGGGGAGUUUCCGCCGUCUAUGGGUGAGAUGAAGAACAUUUCAUUCUUGGACAUGUCUUACAAUAACUUCUCUGGUAAGCUGCCAAGAAGCUUUCUUACAAGUUGUUUUUCACUAAAAUAUCUGAUGCUCUCUCACAACAAGUUUAGCGGGGGCCAACUUCUUCCGAAAGGAACAAGCUUCACUUCCUUGCUCGUGUUGAGAAUAGAUAACAACUUAUAUAAAGAGGAGAUUGGAGUUGGUUUGCGUAGGUCCACCAGAUUGGAAUUCCUUGACAUGUCAAACAAUUUACUCAAAGGUGCUAUUCCAAGUUGGAUAUUUAAGUUAUCUAAUUUGGAAUUAUUAUUUCUAUCAAACAAUUUCUUAGAAGGUACUAUACCACUUUCCUUGGCGGACCACCAAUCUCUUUAUCUUCUGGACCUCUCUGGAAACUUAUUAUCUGGAGCCUUACCGUCACAUAUGGACCUGAGAUACUUAUUCCUCAACAGCAACAACUUCACAGGGUCAGUUCCUUCAUUGUUGGAAAGUAUCCAAAUACUUGAUCUUGGGAACAAUAAACUCUCGGGGAGUAUCCCGCAGUUUGUCAAUUCCCACGACUUACGCAUUCUUUUGUUGAGGGGAAACAAUCUGACAAAAAAUAUUCCAAGGGAGCUGUGUGAUUUGAGCACUAUUCAAGUUUUAGAUGUUUCAAAUAACAAGCUCAAUGGCUCCAUACCUUCGUGCCUCUUUAAUUUAUCAUUUGGAGUGCGAGAAGAUAUGUCGCGUGACUUUCGUUACGGGCUAGAUUUUUCUCUGAAGCGCUUGAAGUUGGAAUUUUACAGAUUCACAUUUGUGGUAGAGGAGCUUGCGUUACAAGAAUAUAUCACUAAGGAAAUUGGAAUUGAUUUUUUAGUGAAGAAAAGGUAUGACUCUUAUCUCUCUGGGGGAAGUAAUUUCAGAAAAGGAAUGAUUGAUUUUAUGUAUGGGAUGGAUCUGUCUAAUAAUGAAAUAAGUGGUGACAUCCCAGCAGAGCUUGGAGAUCUCCCUAAAGUAAACGCCAUGAAUCUAUCUCACAAUUUCUUGUCGAGUUCUAUACCUUCCAGCUUCUCCAAUCUGAAGGCCAUUGAGAGCCUUGAUCUUUCUUACAACAUGUUGCACGGAAGCAUUCCUUACCAGAUCAGCAGCCUUACAUUUCUUGCAGUGUUCGACGUGUCUCACAACAAUCUAUCAGGCAUCAUUCCCCAAGGAAGGCAAUUUAACACCUUCAACGAGAGAAGCUACUUAGGCAAUCCUCUUCUUUGUGGACCACCGACCCAUAUAAGUUGCGAGGCUAAGAAGAUCCCAGAGGAAGCAAAUAAUGGAGGAGAAGAAGAAGGAGAUGAAGAUUUUCUUGACAUGCUGGUUUUCUAUUAUAGCACCGCUUCAACUUAUGUGACCGCAUUGAUGGGCAUUUUUUUACUUAUGUGCUUUGAUUGUCCUUGGCAUCGAGCAUGGCUCUGCAGUGUCGAUGUUUUCAUCGCUUUUGUAAAAAGAUUGUUGCCUUAA